GCAAUUGCGCCGAAAAGCAAACCCCGUGGCUGCUGUCGAGCUCUAGGGAAGGCACAAGCUCACGUGGCAGCUGUACACCGACGCCGGUAUGACGUCUACCUCUCCCGCACGGGCAGUUGUGUCGACCCUGAAAUAACAACAACGUCGUUGUUUCUAUCAGAGAACAUGAUUUUGGAUCGAGGACCUGGCUUGACUAGAGCUGGAACUGAGAUUUCUCGCUAUGUCUAACAACGUCAAUAAUCCCACAGAAGGCACGAAAACUUCGAACUAUCGUCUUCGAGUGUCGGCGGGGCCUGAAUACGAUGUCAAAACACACCAGAUUGUCCCGGUCAACUCAGACAAGACUUUACGAUUUGAGAAUGAGUAUGCUUCAGUCAACCUAUGUAUGCGGAUUCAAGGCUACACGGGUCUCCCGAAUGGCUCCCCAUUAACGAGCGAAUACUUCUCGCAUCCGCUUCAUACCAAAGAUCAGUAUUCAAUCUGUUUUAGCUUCGUGCCCAAAGAUGAUAUCUGCGGCAACGAUCUUGUUUUCGGAAAUGACUUUGAUCGACCGAUUCGCGAGAGUAUCCCACCGGGCUUCAACACCGCACUGAAUAUCGUGAAAUGGGCUAUUGAUCCGGCUUUGGAGGGUGAUGCAUAUGCCGAUAAGCCAUAUAUGUACAGUCCUGGUGUCGCGUCAUGGAAUUAUUUUCGAAUUGGGGAAAUUGUGUGCGAUGAUAAGACGAAGGAUACAGUGGAUAUUCACAGUGACGUGGUUGAGGAAGGGGCUGAAGGGAGUGGGAUAGAGGUUCGGAAGAAAAUGAAAAUACCCGACGACCCGGGCCACAGGAGAAAGCAUUUUCUGAGUGAGGAUGUUCGCAAAGAUUUUGUGUUUGAGAAGGGGAGGGAGUAUUUGGUGGAUUUUGGGAAUCCUUAUUUGGGAUUUAAUGAUUUUUCGCUUCGUCUACCGGGCUUUCAUCUCCAUGUUAUAAAGUACAUCAGCGAAAGAAAUCACAAAUUGCGCUAUACUUUGAAGAAUAAGAAGACGAACCAGACGAUCCUCGUGGUCCUACUCACACUCCUCUUGCACGACACGGAGGAAGAAAUUCGUGAAAGAAGCUCUCCUAUCACUGACAGUAGCGACGAAGAAGAACGAGCGUCCCAGAAAUAUGACAAGGAGGAGCAGCAUAGUCCGCAACCAGACGAUGUUGACUGAUACGGGAGAAUUUGGUUCCUAUAUAAAGUUGAUCUAGUGGGUAUUUGGCGAAAAGCAUCUGAUUUAUUUUACAAAGAACAGAGUCUAGCUAUAUAAUAGACUAUGGAAAACGAGCUUUUAUUCAACU